CAGUUGAUUGGACAGCAGCUUCCUGAAACAAGGAACCAAACAGACCACACAGAACAGAGCAGGCUCACAAACCCCUCUGAAAUGAGCACCAGGUCUGACCUGAAGAUGACCUGCUGUGAGCGCAGAGAUCAGUUCCUUCUCCAGGAAGAAGAUGCCACGGUACCGCCCAUACUGUUUGAUUGACAGGUGAUGUCUGAGCUCAGUAAGCUGCCAACCUCUGCUGUUCGGAGGGGGGGGGGACAGGCGUCGUUUAAUCCUUAUCUGGCCGUAGGUGUGUGAUACACUGGGCGAGGGUUGAUGCUGCUGGGGGAGCAUCAGAGCUGCACAAUUUACAGGAGGAUUCAAGGAGCUGGAUUCCUUAUUAGAAAUUUUACCUCUGAAAAAUCCAGGGUUGUCCUGUAUUUCCAGCACUGUUGUGAAUGUGAAGCUUUAUACUCUGCAGACCACCAGGGAGCACAGGGUCCACUGAUUUGAGUGCGGUGCUUCAGCGGGGCCAUGGCCGGCUUACAGAGAGCCACACAGCAUCCACGCCUCUGUUUUAUCAUCUGCGUCGCUACCAUUUUACUCCUCAUCCUCUACCGCCAAGCGUUAAGAGACAGACGGCAGGAAGAGAAGCACAAGAGAGACAUCCUGGACUCCACAGAAAUCCCAGCAGAGCACAUCGAUCCAGCUGCCGUCGACCUCACUCCCCUGGUCAAUACUUUAAUAAAUACAAGCCAAUCGGGCUCCCGUCAGCUCUUCUCUCUCCUCAGUGUGACGUCCUACAGCUCUCUGGCUCUCCAUAAACUCACCCUGUUGGUCUACAACAUUUCCAGCAUUAGAGGUUUAGAAAGCAACGUGUUCAGGAGAAGAUUCUGCUACUGUGUCACAAAUGAGACCAACGAUUUAACAGACUUUACGGCCAUACUGUUGGAUGUGAUGGGAAACUCAACAAGUUACCUACAUGAGCUCUUUAAAUCUGCCUCCAUAUUAUCAGUAAGCCAGAGGAACAACUCAGACUGUAUUUACAUCUGUGUGAUGGCAGGUAAGAUGGGCAGAGAGGUGCCGGAGCUCUGGGAGGUCGACUCCAUCACUCCACUCUUCAACCAGACCAUCGUCGAAGGACCACACAGAGUAGGUAACGUCUCCUCCAUCAGACUCCCUGUCGAAUGGCACCAACUUCCCACGAAUCUGAGUCACAUCUCUCCAUCUGGGAUGAGCUCCAUGUUAACCAGCAGGGUCCAUUCUACCGCACAUGUUUCACCAACAACUAUGGAUGAAACAGCUGCUACAAAGAUCGCCACUGCCCAGCCGCUGGCAACAGCUCGACAACCCACAGCCGUCAUGCCACAAAGUCCAACCACAGCGGACAGACGGGAGACAACAGCAGGGACGACGGCACAGGCAAAAGCUACAGAAAAACCAACAACAAUUUUACAACCAAUCACAACAAUGCAACCAACCACCUCCCCGCAAGUCACCACUGCAUCCGUUACAGCAGCUGCAGCUCCGACCACAGUAACUGCUCGAUCAACCACAAGUACCACCCAACUGGCCGCAGCGUCAACCAAACCCAUAGCUACACACCAGCCAAGUACAACAACCCAGCACACGACUUCCACAGUUCAUCCGACAAGACUUUCACCUGUCCGUCCCACAGCAGGACCUACGGUGGCUAUAAGGACUACUGGGCCUCUUAGCAGGAGAACUACAACACCCAGCAAGUCUGUGGAAACAGAAAAACCAGGUUGUCCAUGGAGACGGCCUGAGCUGACGGACGUCUCGGUCUCCAGCAGCACGACGACCGUCGGCGCCCACAAGCUGCAGCCCUGCGUCCUCGAGCUCUGCAAGUUCUUCUCGCAGUGCCUCUGCAGACCCUUCAGACUCAAGACACGCAUGAAAAGAUACUGUGACGACAGCCACGUCUGGUAUGAAAAACACACAUCGGAAGUGUGUCGGCGGGUCAGGAGAGUCUCCUUCUCAAGAAAUCUGAAACAGAGAUGCCUGACAAAGAUGUGCAAUAAACUGUGACCAGAGUGGAAGCAGAGAGAAACAAAGAGCUGUCUAUCAGCACAGGAAGCACACUACAGCUGAGUACACUUCUGGAACAUCUGGAGAAUGUAUGGACACAGAAUCUGUUGAGUUCCAAAUCUGGAUGGGUUUGGAAAUUGAAGAUUUUCAUACAAAAGUACUUUUACACUUUCUGUCAUAUUUUGACAUUUAUCACUACAGUGAUAAUAUAAUAAAAGUGUUUUGAUCUAGUUUUUAGGGCCAAGAAGGCUAAAUGUAGGACUAGAACACCAACAUCUGGAAAACAAACUGUGCAAAAACUGUCGUCCUGGACUAUUUAUGAAAGUCAUAUUUAAAACCAAGCUCUUCAAAUCAACGGAUCAUUUCAAGGUUCAGAAAACAGUCCAGAAUUAGGAAAAAAAUGUAGAAAUUGUGUCUUUUUCUAAACAAACAGAUUUAGCUUUUUCUUGUCAGUUUAAUAAAAAUCUGGCUGAUUUUCCCAGCUG